UCAACAUGAAUUUGUAUCAUCGAUGCAUUUCCAUCUUAUCCAGCAUCUAAUCUAAGUACAGCAACAAGUCUUACUCAUAUCCCGAGGAACAAGGAAAAAAAAUCCGCCAUGGAUGACAUGCCCAGGACACGCGGCAGCACCAUCACCGCGUCUGAACGCGGGGGACGCGAUUCCGCGUACGAGUCCCGCGAAAGAACGUUCAUGACGGAUCUGAGCGACCGGGACCUCAGCAGCAUGAAGCGGGAACGGACCUUCAUGAGCACCGUGAGCGGACUCUCCACACCUGGUGGCAGAAAGCGGGAUCCUGAACUGGACAGGGAGAAGGCCAGGAUGUACUGGAAACUCCUGAGGGACUCCAUCAAGAUGGGGAUCGAGGCUGUGAAGAAGGCGGACAUGAAGACUGUCGCCAUCCAACACGGCAUGCAUCCCGUCAGGAAACUCAACCACGAUGAGUUCAUCCAACAUGUCAUUUACAACAAAAACACGCAGGAGUACCUGAGUGUGGACACUGAGUCCAUCCACGUGUUCCACCUGGACGGCAGGAAGAAGUACAGUGUUUACCUGGACGAACAGGUGGACAGACUUCUGUACUGCAGCAAGGUGGACCAGUAUGUCACCUGGGCAGGGGACGAUGAGUUCAAGCUGCUGAAUGCUGAGUUUGAAUUUCUCUCGUGUGCACAGUCGCCAUACCAAAUAAAAUGCUUGACAUACAAUGAGAACACCAAUGAGGUGGUCACAGCAGGAGUGGGGCACAUUAUGUGCUGGUGCUUUAGGUACUGUAACAGGUACCUGAUACAGAGGAAGGUUGUGACGGAGGGGCUGACAUCUCAGGACGUCUUCACACACCUGGCCCUGGAGGACACAGCAAGCAGACAGCAGAGAUGUUACGCUGUCUGUGGAACAGCUGUAGCUGUUUUUAAUUUGUAUCAGUGCCAGAUGCUCUGCUACAGACGAGAUUUACAUGCCAGAAAUAUCACCAGCUUGUUGUUCUUCAAUCCACUCAAGAACCUAGUAACAGCAUCAAAGGAUGGUUCAGUGAAAGUGUGGGAUGAUAACUGGGGCCUGCGGAUGGUGUUUGUGGGACACACGGGAGCGAUCACAGACCUGGUGGUGUACCCGUACGGACCCUUCAUCAUCUCAUCAUCACAGGACUGUACCAUCCGCGUCUGGAGUCUGGAGACGUGUGAUGAAGUCGACAAGAUUGACACAGAAGAAGAGGUGACAGGUCUGGGGUCCAUCAUCAAGCAGGACCAUGUGUUCAGCUACUGUAGCUAUCACGUAGACCUGUGGAGAACACAACACAUCCACAACCUCUUCACAACCAUGGGGAGCAAAGUGAAGUCCAUCAAGUACACAGAGCACAAGGGUCAGCUGCCACCCAGGGCGAUCUGUGUUUGUGAGGACUCCGCUGUACGUAUCAUCGCCCCGGCAACGGGAAAUGUACUGACGACCGUGCUGCUGGACAGCAACAGGACCAUCGUGGACGCUGUUUAUGCUGAAGCAGAAGAAACAAUGUUUGUUGCACUUGACCAUGGAGAUCUGGUGAAAGCCUUCACUACCAGCAACCCCUGUACCAUCAAGGAUGUCUUCCAUCCUAAUGCCCGAGGAGAAUGGUACAACUGCCUGUGUAUCUAUGAGUACGUGGUGAACCCGGCUAUCCAGUAUGUCACCUGGCAGAAGACCCUAAAGGCAGACAGCGAGGGAAUCCUCGCGUUACGUCCCAAGAGGUCCAUCGUCCCCUCCACCACAUACACCAACCGGACUAUCGUACUGGGAGGACGCAAGGACGGACACAUAGCUGCGCUAGACUGGGAGACUGGGCUGCCUUACUUCAAAACUGAUGCCCAUGGCAUGAGGGGUGUGAUCAGCAUGGUGGCAAACUACAAGGAGAACCAGAUCAUCUCUGCAGGCAGAGAUAAUGUGGUGAAGGUGUGGCGUAUCUUCCCGUUCUCGGAGGAGGCCCUGUCUCCGCUGAUGUCGUUCUACUGCGCGCAGACGCCGCUGUACAUGGCCACGCUGAAGGAACGUCUGUGUGUGGGCUUCCAGGAGCCUGCUACGGCCACCUACAGUGUGGUCAUGUAUAACCUGGUCGAGAAGAACCGGUUUGACCACCGGCCAGAUGACGACCACAUUGAUGACAUCACGGCGUUGGCGUGCUGCCCACGGAUGAAAGUGUUCGCUUCCUCCAGUCUGGACGGGACGGUCAAGAUUUGGAACGAAGAAAACAGCCUCAUCAGGAUUAUCAAGCUGAAUGUUGCUCCCCACAGUGUUGCCUUCUGUAGUCAGAGAGGUGAUCUACUGGUGGGCAUCGGGAAACACCUCCACAGGAUAGAAUAUAACCACUACAUGCCCAAGACGUACAUUUUCCGUAUGGUGUCCAUGCAGUUCCCGGAGCCCUUCCAGGAGGAGCCAAUUUCCUUCAACAACGAGCACGUGAGCCAGCUGAACCAGGGGGACAUCAAGAGGCUGAAGAACGCACACUCUUCUCUCUUCAGAUUUGACCACUUCAUGGACAUUCUCAGUGUAGAGGAGGAAGAAGAGCUACACAGGGAGGAGAGAGAGAAGGAACAGAUCUACGCAGUCCUGCAGGCACGAGACAACGAGCUUCUCAAGAUCAAGAGCGGAGAGCUGACCAGACAGAAGAAGCCCAAGCUAAACAAGAAGAAAGUGAAGAGUGAGGCUUUCAAGAAGUACCUGGACCUCUUCUACAGGAAGACUCACGACAUCAAGGUGAAAGACCCUGAUGACUUUGACCCUGACACGUACUUCCUUGAGCCACCCGAACCAGAGGAGGACCCCUACAUGCCAGAGAGAGGUCCUCUGGGGUUCUUCCCUCCACGAUCUGCUGCUGUGAAGUCUGUCCCCACCACACCAGUGACCUCCCUGUCACUCGACAGGGAUAAAAAGAUAUCCAGAGAGCCUACUGGAAUAGAGUCUCUACCAGAGGGGCCUGUAGAAGAGGAUGUAGAGGAAGUGAAGGAAGAAAAGAAAGAGGAAGAGGAGGAAGAAAAAGAAGAAGAGAAGCCCCCGAUGACGUACGUGAUCAACCCCAGCGGGUUCAUCCCUAACUCCAUCCUGGUGAGAUUGCUGUGGCCUGCGGAGGAGAUGGAGAAACAGAAGAAGAAGCAGGAGGAGUGGAAACCUCCGACUCUCACGGCAGAGCAGCUCGCACAGAUAGAGGGCAGCAGGAAGAAACCUGAGUCUGUGGAGGAAGAUUUUGAGGAUGAGGAGAAGACCUGGUCAGAUGAGGAGGAGGAGCCAACGCCCAUGCUCUCCAAACUCAUGGAGAGGGCCAAGAAGCCCCCCACCCCAGCUGACAUGCAGCCAAGAUUUCUCAACCAGCAAGGCAAACCCUCACCGGAACCCUCACCCGAACCUCCGCCCCCGCCCAAGCCCAAACGCGAGAUCAAACCGCGGCAGCCGAUCAAGAAGCUGGUCACCAGGCCCCUCACGCCCCAACCCCCCACACCGUCGCCUCCCCCACCCCCACGUGAGCCGACACCACCGCCCCCCUCACCGCCCAGACCCCCCACCCCCCUACCUGACUUCAUCGCACAGUUCGAUGGGACAGACUGGUACAAACAGUUCUUCUCGGACCCCAAGAACAUCUCCAAGCCGUGGACCAUGCAGUCGUAUCUGAACAACCUGUUACGUGUGCUGAGGAUAGCAGACUGGCCACACAAGGCAGGGAUCGUGGACGCCAUCACCCUGCUCCACUCACAGGAGAACUUCACCAACAUCGCAGAUAUUGUCAAGGUUGUUUUGGAUUUCCUGAGUGGCCCUCCUGCACCAAACAUACGUGACCCCAGGGAGAGACCAUUCGUGGAGUCCGCCCUGAAACUCCUGAACGCUCUCCGCAUACAGAGUAAGGAGUUUGUCCUGGAACUGAUGGCGCUCUACUUGGAAAAUGACUCCGAACUACGCCUGCUAGUCCACAAGAUCCUGAGUGACAUCGGCAUGCAGGAUCCUCACAGGUACUUUUACCGGGAGAUGGACACCUGGACUGUGACAGGGGAGAGCCACUCCAUGCUGAAAAACAUGGCGGAAGGGUGGCUGGACACUUGGAUGGGCAAGUUCAAGGUGCACCUGCAGGCCACGAUUGACCAGCUCAAGUCUGGCGGUGUCCAGGGGAUGACCAGACUGCCCACCAGACCAGGCCGCAAGGGCAAGGGCAUCCUCAAGAAAACACCUGAUGAGGGGGAACCAAGGAGAAGACUUUCUGUUACGAUAGACGCCCCGCCUGACCAGUCAGCGAUCGAGCACGCCCAGCCCAUCGAGGCGGUCAACUACUUCUGUGAGCUUGUGCGCGAGGAGGAGCUGGCCAGGAUGAGGAAAGCGCAGGAGAAAGUCCCCACUCCCCAGCCGGAGGGAGCCAAGAACACAGUACUGGUCCUGCCACACAUUCCCAGUAAGGGGAGCCUGUUACGUCUGGGAGAGACUCACACCAGUAAAUGUCAUAGACACAGGGAGACAGGCCUGGCAGACGUGACCCUCCCCCCUAUCCUGCCCAAGCGUAACCUGGUGGAAGGUUUCACGCCUUUCCUGUCCUUCCCCACCAAGAAGAUCACCAUGAACCCGUUCCCCAGCCCUGCUGACUGGUACUACGAGGAACUCCAACAACCCAUCCUCAUCACCCUCAAGACGGCACCCAAGUACUUUGUCCAUGAGCUGUCAUAUCUACAUGAAUGACAAUGACAUACAUGUAGCAGUGUACUAUUAAAGGGCUCCA